AGAAAAAGAUUUCCUCAAUCGGUUACUAUGUCCGCUCAGACGAACUGGAGCUCGACUUAAACUCGGAUUUUAAGCUGCUUGUUUGUAAAAAGUUUUUAUUUUUGUUUUGUUUUUUAGUGAAAGACGUUUUAGGAGUGAAGGACGGACAGGUGAAGGAGGUGAAGGUAGAACAUGUGUAGAAAACGAGGAGAGGAAGAGCCGGACUCUGAGUAUGGGGAACCUGCAAAGUUUGACCCGACCUUCAAUGGACCCAUACACAAAAGAGGAUGCACCGAUAUAAUCUGCUGUAUUCUGUUCAUGGCCGUCAUCCUCGGCUACAUGGCAGUGGGAAUUGUAGCUUGGCUCUAUGGAGAUCCCAGACAUGUCCUAUAUCCCAAAGAUUCAAAUGGAUAUUUCUGUGGCAUCGGACCAAAUAAAGGCCGGCCCAACUUGUUCUACUUUGACAUUCUCAAAUGUGCCACAUCUGUUAAUGUUAUGGCAACUGCUCUGAAUGGUCUCCAGUGUCCAACCCCGCAGGUGUGCGUGAAACAAUGUCCUUCCAAUUUCGGGGGUUUGACGCCGGACAAGUUUACGUCAAAGCCAUUAAACGUUUUCAAUCAAGAUCUGUGUGUGUCAUCCAUAAACCUCACAACAACUGACCUGUCAGUUUGGGAAAUUGUGGACCAAAAGCUGUGUCCUUUGUUUUAUAUCCCAUCGACACCUGUGCUGGGGAGAUGUUUGCCCGAUGUCUCAGCCCUGAACAGGAUCCCGGAUGACUUUUCCAGUAUCCCAGGUUUACCCGCCUCGGUCAACGACACCGCCUCCAUCAUCAGGAAUUCCACCGGGGACAUUGUGAAAGGCUUCAACGCCAGGGACGUCGGCAUCCGGAUCUUUGAGGAUUUUGCAUCGUCAUGGCCGUGGAUCCUCGUUGGCCUGUUGAUAGCCAUGGUGGUCAGCAUGCUCUUCCUGCUGCUGUUGAGGUUCACGGCUCCAGUCAUGGUGUGGGUGCUCAUCAUAGGAGUCCUGGGAGCCGGGGCAUACGGCAUAUGGCACUGUUACUGGGAGUACGAAAACUUGAAAUCAUCCACUGCUACUUUCGCUGAUAUCGGAUUCACCACCAACGUUGAGACUUACUUGCAAGUCCGAGAGACCUGGCUGGCCUUCUUGAUAAUCAUAUCUGUGGCGGAGGCGAUCAUCCUCCUGACGAUCAUCUUCCUGCGCACCAGAAUCCGCAUAGCCAUCGCUCUCAUCCAGGAGUCCAGCAAAGCCGUGGGUCACAUGAUGUCUACGAUGCUGUACCCUCUGGUCACCUUUGCUCUGCUGGUGGUGUGCGUGGCUUACUGGGGCACCACUGCUUUAUAUUUGGCCACUUCAGGAACCCCCAUCUAUAGAGUUGUGGAUCUGAACUCCACCAAUGGCGGUUGUGCGGGUAUCAGUGGCAACGUGACCUGUGAUCCUCAGAAUUUCAACUCCUCAGUUUACCCGGGCUGCCCCUCAGUCGGCUGCAUCUUCAUCAAAUACAACGACGAGGGAAUCCUCCAGAGGAACAUCUUCAACCUGCAGAUCUACAACGCGGUCGCUUUCCUCUGGUGCGUCAACUUCGUCCUCGCCCUGGGACAGUGCACCCUGGCCGGGGCCUUUGCCUCCUACUACUGGGCCUUCAACAAGCCCAGUGACAUCCCCAUGUUCCCCCUGUCUGGCGGCUUCAUACGCGCACUCAGGUACCACGUGGGCUCUUUGGCAUUUGGUGCUUUGAUCCUGACCCUGGUGCAGAUAGCGAGGAUGAUCCUGGAGUACAUCGACCACAAGACCAGAGCUGCUCAGAAUCCGUGCGCACGUUUCGUAUUGUGCUGCAUGAAGUGCUGCCUCUGGUGUCUGGAGAAGUUUAUCAAGUUCCUCAACAGGAACGCCUACAUCAUGAUUGCCAUAUAUGGGAAAAACUUCUGCGUCUCGGCCAAAAACGCUUUCAAGCUGCUCAUGAGAAACGUAUUAAGGGUCGUGGUGCUCGAUAAAGUGACGGACCUGCUGCUGUUCUUCGGGAAGCUGCUGGUGGUCGGAGGAGUAGGUGUCUUGUCCUUCUUUUUCUUCGCCGGACGAAUCCGUCUCCCAGGCGACACCUUCCGCUCCGAAAACCUCAACUACUACUGGAUGCCAAUUAUUACGGUGGUGUUCGGCAGCUACCUCAUAGCUCACGGGUUCUUCAGCGUUUACAACAUGUGUGUCGACACACUCUUCCUCUGCUUCUUGGAGGACCUGGAGCGUAACGACGGAUCUCUGCAGAAGCCGUACUUCAUGUCCAAAAACCUGAUGAAGAUCCUCAACAAAUCCAACAAGGAACCAAAACGGGAUAAAUGAAAGGACUGAAGAUCUUUCCUCUUCCCUCAGAAACCACACUUUACUUGCAUCUUUUAUAAUUCGUAACACUUCACGUUUUUCCAGAUCUGUUUACCAAAAACUAAUUUGCACUUUUUAAAUGAUGAUUAUUGUGUGUGUGUGUGUGCUCACGCUGAUGAGUGUGCGGUUUUCAAAGGAUUGUGACUUUUUAUGUUGUAGCCUCAAUCAUUUCUGAUGUUUUAAAGAAUAUUAAGAGUUCAGCUGCGAACAUUUUACCGCGUUAAACAGCCCCGAGAUGAACGAACAUUUAGCUUUUACAGAGAAAUGUCUUUUUUUUUUCAAAGAAAAGAGAAAAGAAAGGUUCUUACCCAAAAUAUAUUUUUAGAUAUUAUUUGUAAAAAGCUUGUUUUGUAAAAACAUUUUCAUGAACGCGACGUUCUGCCGUGUUAAAAAAUUGUGAAAUAAAGCUGUAAAUAUGAUUAAUGAUAUCAAACGUC